GCCGGGCCGCUGUCGCUUCCCCUUGCUAUUCCUGCUGACUCAGCUCAUUUGCGCGUGUGGAGGGGCCGAAACAGGAUGUAUGGGCGCCGGCCAAUACUGGCGCAGCGCACAAAUCCGGGGACGCGUGCAUGGUGCCCGUGGCGCUGAGUGACCAUUUACGAAUGCGACGCUCUGCAUGCAGCCUUGGCGCUGGAGGGAAUGCGACUGCACUGCACCAAGUGGGCGUACGAGCCUGGGGAACGCGUGCUGCUCUGCAAGACGAGUUCUGCCGUCUGCGGAGAUUCGGUAUUUUCGUCUAUCCGGCCGUUCCACAUCCCCCAAUAUUUUGUAGCACCCCGGGCGAGGAUGAUCUGCGGCGUUUGGCUAAGAGCGCAACUUUUUUCGCAUCAAAUCCAGGUCCGGGUAGCGACCGCGUGGUGGACGCCUGAUUCGCGCACGGGCGAUCUGGCCCUAUCUGCAGACCGCGAUAUGAAACUCCAUUGCAGGCUACGACACACAAAACUCUGGCAGAAGCUUCCAGAGGGACCCGUGGGACGGCACAGCAAAACCCAGCAAAACCUGUCGCAUCCUACCUUCACUCCAUCACACCAUCAUGCCACGCCCAAACCGGUUUUAGAGUUGUGCGUGAUUUCACGCACCGGGCCCCAGAGCUUCCGUGCCGUACCUUGCCUACCCGGGCAUAUACACACUGCGCAGACCCAGCUGCAGGGUGCAUGCGGCAACAUGUCUUUCCUUUUUUUAUGACUUUUUCCCCGGACUCGACGCCCGCGCACUCCCUGGCUACCCAACAGUCCACGACCUCCUGCAAAGAAAAACUCAAUCCAUCAUCACAGCACAAGAACAUUAGCUCAAACCCCGUUUUUUUUUUCCUUCUGGACUCAAAACAACGGCUAUCUAUUUAUUGCCUUGCGCACGUCGACACCUCGCUCGAACAGCCCGAAUUGCUUUUUUUCUUGCUCGAGCCGCUGUCUCUUUUUCACCGGUGCUUCGGACUACCUGCUUUGCC